UUAUUACAUUACUGGAUUGGUUUUCAGAAACAAAAACAAGACUUUUGCAUAAGCAGACAAUUCCAAAAUCCACAGGCCAGGGCCCCUCCGUCUCCAAAACGACCUUUCCAGAAGCCAUAUCACAGACAGACAGGUCAUCUUCAUCUUCAUCCUCAACACUCUCUCCAUCCCUCUAUCCAAUCCAAAUUCCCAAUUCCCAAUUCCAAGUUCCUCUCUUCAUCGGCCAUGGCGACCGCACCACCACAAUCGCCGCCGUCGCUGAACCUCUGUGCGAUCCUCUCCUUAUCGAAACGCAUAAUCAACGCCCACUCCCGCCACUUCCUCGCCCUCGCUGUCCUCUUCCUCCUCCCUCUCUCCUUCUCCUUCACCGUCUUCCCCACCCUCCAAACCCUCCUCGCCGAUCACUUCCCCAACAACUCCCAAAUCUUCAUCUCCCUCGACGACCACCCCCACCACCACCACCGCCGCCAGCCCCAGAUUCCGACCAAGACUCUCCUCCUCGCCCUCGCCUACGCCGUCUUCGUCUUCCUUUUCUCUCUCUGCGCCGUCGGAUCCAUCACCUGCAGCGUCUUCCACGGCUUCUUCGGCCGCCCUGUCAAGCUCCUCUCCGCCGUUGGAUCCAUCAUCGCUUCCUUCUUCCCGCUUCUAUUCACCGCUCUCAUCGUCCAAAUCAUCGUCGCCGUGAUCUCGGUCAUCUUCGCUCUCUUCGUGUUUCUGGUGAUCUCCGCGAUUCGGCUGCUAGGGUUUCAAAUUGAGUACUCCUCGCCGUACUUUCUCGGAUUCUGCGGCGCCCUAGGGAUUGCUCUGCUCCUCGUUCUGGUCUAUCUUCAGGUGAAUUGGACUCUGGUAAGCGUGAUCGUGGUGGUGGAGAAAAGCUGGGGUUUCGAAUCGCUGAGGCGAAGCGCGGGUUUGAUCAGAGGGAUUAGAGGCACCGCGUUGUCUCUGCUGCUGUUUUUCGGGCUCUUCGCGGCGCUUCUGGCGUGGUGUAGCUCGUUCUCGGCGAUGGUUCUGGACGAUGUCUCCGAUGGGUGGAGGAAAUUGGAAUUCGUCGUGCAAAUCGUCGUCACUUCGACUUUUCUUACGAUUGUUCUGCUCUACAACGUCGCCGCCACCGCCGUGUUAUACAUGUACUGCAAAGCCGUCCAUGGCGAGCUGGCUAUGGAGAUCGCUGAGGAGUUCGCGAGGGAGUACGUUUGCUUGCCCUUUGAUGAAGGGAAAGUUCCCCAUGUCGUUUCCGUUGCCUAUGCUUGAAGAACGCCAUGAGGGUUUGUUGUCAAGGCAAGAUGAUCUGCAGUGCCUCUAUAAGAUAUGGACAGCCAAGGUGGCGCUAUGAGGUGCCCUCAGAACAAAUAAGCAAUGUAAGAGUGGGACCCACUUAUUUUAAAAGUAAAAAAAAAAAAAAAAAAAGAUUCUCGUUU